GUUAUAACCAGUGGUUUGAAGUCAGCCUGAAGAGAACAGAAAGGAUUCACAGCGUUCACACGGUGACCCGACACCUUUAUCAUCUGGCCAGGACCGAAGUGCAUUUAUUAGACCCGACUCUACAUCAGCUGAAAGGAUUUAACCCGCCAUGCAGACUGUGAGACUAGCAGCGGCUUUCUUUACCGUCCUCCUUCUCUCCGCACAGUCCGUCUCAGGCUCUUAUCCACGAGCACAGAAUGUUACCUGGAAAUCCACCAACUUUAAAACUAUUUUGACAUGGGAGCCCAAACCAUCUUCAGAAUACUCCUACACAGUGGAGUUCUCUCAGGUUGGUGGGGACAAACAGAGGACACCUCACUGCAUCAGGUCUUCAGGGACAGUGUGUGAUCUGUCCAGCUCUCUGACUGAGCUGAAUGCCUAUUACACGGCCGACGUCUUGUCUGAACCUCCUCUAGGAGCCAACUCUGACCUCACUGAGUUCCCCUACACCAGCUCACCAAGAUUCUGCCCUUACAAAGAGACUGAUAUAGGCAAACCUGACUUCAAGCUAGAGGUCAGUGAAGACAAAAAGAAGACCACCCUGUAUGUGACUGACCCACUCACUGCCCUGUUUAAAGAUGGCCGCCAGCUGAACAUCCGGGACAUCUUCUCUGACCAGCUUCAGUAUAGAGUCACCUAUCGGAAAAAUAAGAGUACCGGCAAGAAAGUAUAUGACUCUAAGACCAAUGUGAUCGAGCUGACUAAUCUGGACCGAGGUGAGAGCUAUUGUUUCUACGUUCAGGCCUACAUCCCCAGCCGCAGCAUCGACAAGCAGUUAGGAGAGGUGAGCCAGACCCAGUGCUCCAACGAUGACAGCAAGUCCAUCCUCGAAGUGUACUCAGUGGGUGUGAUUGCUGCUGCCAUCUUCCUCAUCCUGCUGCUGGUCGGCCUCAUCAUCGCCGUCACAGUGAUCUGCUGCAGGCGCAGGAGGAACGCUCUGAAAAGUGGUAAAGAGGGACUGCCGCUCCGGGAUGUAUAGAGUUACACUCUCUCUCUCUCUCUCUCACACACACACGGACACAGUGUGGCCUGUUAGGAGAGCAGAGCUAGUGAAACAUUCCACUGUCCAACACUGGAAUUGAUCCUACCUUAAGUUUCUGUGAAACUGCCUCUGAAUAUGUUAGACAUAUUGGAUUCUCUCUUUAUCAUUUCAUGCUGCAGAAAAGACACUUAAGGAACACACUGUUUGAGUGCACCUACUGUACAGACUAGUGCUGAAGCUGUAAUAUUCCUUUCCUGGUGUUUUAUUUGGUGAGUGGUACCUCUGGUGAUUGUAGAUAAACACUACCAACUGAUUUUAUUUAUUGCAUUUUAUUGUGUAGUUUCUAACUUGAUGGUUGUCAUGGUGACAUUUUUUGGGAGCCUGAUUAUAACAACACUUCAUGGGAAAAUUAUUUUUGUAUCUGAUGCUUAAUUUAUUAUGUUUAGUCGAAUUAACACAUAUGUGAUGCUCAUUUAAGCUGUUUUAUACUUCACAUGAUUGCUGAUAAUUGUAUGAUGUGAUGAAAUGUUGAAUAAGUAAUAAAUAUUUUACAGAGCACGA